UUAAAAUUGGCUGUUUGUUUCAAUAUGUCAAAGCUUUAUAAACACAACAGGUCAACAACCCAAACAAAUAAACCCGCCAGUAGAUACGCCAUAUAUUCACUUCCUCUAAAUUGCACUACAAUACUUUUAUUUUAAUUACUUAGUAUUUACAUGUUUCAUUUCUGCUAACGACGAAAAAGUCGAACCAUUGAACUGGGUAACUAUCUUGUUAGCAUUUACUCUUUGACAGUGCUUACGCCGCAUGGUGGAAGUGGGUGGGUUCUGUCGACGUUUCCUGCCUUGCUUGCUUUCAGUUUGCUACAGUUAGUAGUAGAGGUAUGGCAGAUGCCAGUAAAACUGAGAAGGUCCAGCUUCACUGCCCGGAUCUUGAAGAACUGCGAGCAGUAUUACAAACAGGGCUUGAAGGCAACUUCGCAGAUGUUCAGGUGAGUGUUGUGGAGUGCCCGGAUCUCACCAAGGAUCCGUUCCAGUUUCCUGUUAAAGGUAUGAACCUGUCAUGUUUGAUGUUUAAUACACAUUUAUACAGUGCAUUACUGGAUUUGUAUUUGCUUUAUUCACUUAAUGUCCUUAAACUAGGCUUGUGUGGGAAUCCCCGUAUCACUGAUGUUGGUGGGGUGCCGUACCUGAUUCCUGUGCCUCACAAGCACAAGGAAUACAACAUGAAUGUUAUAUCAAAGGAGCUGGAGCUGCCUGGAGCCUUCAUCCUCGGUGCAGCAGCUGCCCCCUCCAGGAUCAUUGGGAUGAAUGCAGAGCUGAUGCCUCUGGUCCUCACUGAAGCGGAGGGAAGACCUGCAGUCAACAGCAGCUACUACUCCUUUAUUAAUCCAGUUGGUGGCCAGUGUCUGCAAGAAAAAUACAGUGACAAAUUCUCUGACUGCAAUUUUGGACUGCUGGGCAACCUGUAUGCUUGUGAGGGGAAGCCUGGAAAGGUUAUAGAGGUGCGAGCCAAGAAGAGAACUGGAGGCCACAGCCUUGUGACAGCGCUGAGGACGACUCUUCAAAGUCAUUACCCAGAGAAAAGCCUGGCUCUGGGAGGCACCUUCGUAAUCCAGAAGGGAAAAGCUAAAAUUCACGUCAUGCCCAGAGAGUUCUCAGCCUGUCCCCUCAACAGCAAUGAGGAGGUCAACAACUGGCUCCAGCACUUUGAGGUCAACGCUCCAUUCAUUUGCCAGUCGGUGCUUGUAUCCAGAGACCCUGGACUGGACCUGCGGGUCGAGCACACUCACGGCUUUACCCACCAUGGGGAAGGUGGCCACUACUACAUAGACACGACACCUGACAGCGUGGAGUAUUUGGGCUACUUUAUGCCUGCAGAGUUUGUCUAUCGCAUCGACAGGCCCACGGAGACCCAUUUAGUUGGGCGGGAUUAAAAGCAUAGCAUCUAUUGAUGCAUUAAUAAGGUGCAAAUUUGAAUUAGCAUUUUAAUCUUUGCUCUGAAAUCACAUUGCUCGUAUAGUAAGUGUUCUACUUUUCAAAAUAAAAGCCAUUUUGUGUAAGCAAGAAAAAGUUCAAUUUAUCAACAUAUCAAUGUAUAUAAAUAAACCACAAUGGACCUAUCA